ACCAAGUUGUGUAAAAAACAAGGCAACCAAAAAUAUAAUAAAAUAAAAAAUUGCUAAAAUCGCUGCCAUGACCCCAAUCUCCAUCUUCCCUCAAUCUCUCCGCCUCCUCUCCCCUCCCUCUCCCCUCCUCAUCUCCUCCCACCUCAAAACCAAACGAACCCCAUCGAACCCCAUUAUAAUGACGUCAUGGCUGAAGCAAACCCUAGGCCAGCGCUUCAAUCCCUCGGGGAUCUCCUCCUUCACCGACGUCAUCUCCAGGGACCCACAGCUCGCCCUACCCCACCUCACCGUCCCCGACAUCCGCCACCUCGACUGGGCCGAGCUCCGGCGGUUAGGGUUUCAAGGCGUCGUCUUUGACAAGGACAACACUCUCACUGCGCCGUAUUCUCUUUCUCUCUGGCCAUCUCUCGUUCCGGCCUUUGAGCUCUGCCGAUCUGCUUUCCCCGGAAAAAUCGCGGUUUUUAGUAACUCCGCAGGGUUGUAUCAGUAUGAUCCUGAUGGGAAGGAGGCGAGGGCUCUCGAGGAGGCGAUUGGAGGGGUUCAUGUUAUAAGGCAUG